AUUUUACUUAUUUUUCUUUCCCAUUUGUAUAACAAAAAUCACUAACUGUUUAUGUCAAAUUUCACUAUGUGAAACGAUAAUGUAUACACGUAUACGCGAAUACACAUUCAAAAUACACUAUCGAAGAUUACUACUAUUGACUUCUUAAACGCACACUAAUAAAACAAAUUUAAUCAUGUUUAACGUCAGUUUCAAUAAUCUGUCACUCGUAUUUGUUCAGUGAUAAAUUAAAUACUUCAGUACAAAUGCUUUAAUACGAGUAUUACAACGUUUCCUAGUGACUGCGAGUAGUCCUUAUGAAAAAAAAGCAACGAUAGCUAAUUUUUUAGUAGAAAUGCAAUAAGGUGACGCGUUGUAUGUGUAUGAAAAACGUGAUCUAUUACGGAAGUCUUUUAACUUAAAUAAUAAUAACUUUGAUUAAUUUUAUUAAAGUUCCAUUAUCUUUAAUAUCAAUUACUUUAUCGUGUUACUGAUAAUAUGAACAGGAGAGUUAACUAUUAUUACUUUUUGUUUUGUCAUUAGAUUCAGUUAAUAAAGAAGUGCUGGUGACAAACAUUAAAAUUACAGUGAUUUAUGAAGUAAUAUAUCUAGUAUAAUAUGACUUAAUAACAGUUUAUAAUUUGCAUAAAUAUAUCUCACAUGCCAUAUAGGAACAUUGUACAAAAUAUUGAGAAUAAUAAAGAUUAUAUGAACAAAUAUGUCAUUACAAGAACAAUCUUUGAUUGUGCAAUCAAAAUUUGCAUCAGGGGAGACUGUAAUAAUUACAACAGAAGCUUCAUUAAUUCAGGGUUGGGUUAAAGCUCCAAGGAUUGUAGCACUUCUGAACAAAGGAACAACUCAUGCAUUGGUCAUUUUAAUUACUUCUAGAACUCCUCCUCAAGUGUAUAGUGAUCUUACCAUAGAAAGAAUAUUACCUAUUGAUCAAGAUUUUAAAUGCAACAUAAAUGAAAAAGAACAAGACAGUCUAGAUGUUUAUCUUAAUGUGACAUCAAGGAAAUUACAAUUAAUAUUUGAAAUGAGGCCUGGAGUAGGAACCAGUUCCUUAGUAUCUGAAAUAUUUAGGGCUAUAGAAGUGUAUCAGAAAUCUAAUAAUCCAGCAUCUGAAUUCCUAUGGAUUCAGAAAUUAACAGGAAGUGUGCGUAAUUUUAACACCACCAACAAAGAAGUAGAAAGUGUUACUGACCCUUUGACAGAUAUAGAGAAUCCACUUCUAGUUGUAACAAGACAAAGCAUUGCUUCUGGCAAAUCACCAGUAGCUGCCAGGGAAUCAGCAGUACGAUAUCAAAUGGCAUGCAAAGAAGAUGAUUAUACAUACAGUAAAACAUUCCGUAUAUUUAUUGGUACAUGGAAUGUAAAUGGACAAGCACCAAAUGGUAUUAACUUACAUGAAUGGUUGAGUUAUAAUAAAACACCACCAGAUGUAUAUGCAGUUGGAUUCCAAGAGUUAGAUUUAACUAAAGAAGCAUUUCUUUUUAAUGAUACUCCAAGAGAAGAAGAGUGGAGACAAGUUGUAGCAAAAUCUCUUCAUCCAGAUGGAGUAUAUGAACAAGUGGCCAUUGUAAGAUUAGUUGGUAUGAUGUUACUCAUAUAUGCUUUAAAUAGUCAUGUACCAUUUAUAAAAGAUGUAUCAGUUGAUACUGUAGGCACUGGUAUUAUGGGUAAAAUGGGCAAUAAAGGAGGAGUAGCAGUAAGUUGUUCCAUUCACAAUACAUCUAUUUGUUUUGUUAAUGCUCAUUUAGCAGCACAUUGUGAGGAAUAUGAAAGACGUAAUCAAGAUUAUGCAGAUAUAUGUGCACGGCUAUCAUUUUCAAAAUAUGUCCCUCCUAAAAAUUUUAAAGAUCACGACCAAAUCUACUGGUUGGGAGACUUGAAUUAUCGAAUAACAGAAAUGGACGUUGCAGUUGCUAAACAAUACAUACAGGCAGAGAACUAUGAUCCUCUUUUGGCUCUAGAUCAACUUCGUCAGCAAAGACGAUUAGGCCGUGUCCUACAAGGAUUCCAUGAAGCAGAAAUUACAUUUAAACCAACUUACAAAUACGAUUUAGGCACUGAUAAUUGGGAUUCAAGCGAAAAAAGUAGAUCACCAGCAUGGUGUGAUCGAAUACUGUGGAAAGGUGAAGCAAUUACAUCAAUUGAAUAUAGAAGUCAUCCUGAAUUAAGAAUCUCCGACCACAAACCAGUCAGUGCUAUGUUUGAUUCCCAGAUUAGAAUUAUAGAUAGGGUGAAAUAUCGUAAAAUUCAUGAAGAAGUUAUGAAAACACUUGAUAAAUUAGAAAAUGAAUUUUUACCACAAGUAAUGGUUGAUACUACUGAAAUAAUAUUUGAUACCUUGAAAUUCCUUGAACCUAGCAGUAAAGAACUCAUUAUUGCAAACACUGGCCAGGUACCAGUACAAUUUGAAUUUAUAAAAAAAUUAGGCGACACUAAUUAUUGUAAAGAUUGGUUGGAUAUUGAACCAUUUAAAGGUUUUAUAAAACCAGGAGAAAAGUGUGAUACUAGAUUUGAAAUAUAUGUCGAUAAAAGGUCGGCUUGCAAAUUAAAUUCGGGAGAAGAUAAAUUGUAUGAUAUUUUAAUUUUACAUCUUGAAGGAGGGAAGGAUAUAUUUAUAACUGUAACAGGCACUUACGAAAGAAGUUGUUUUGGAUCAUCGAUAGAAGCUUUGGUCCACAUUCGAGUACCAAUUAGAGAAAUACCUAUUGGCAGAUUAAUGGAACUUGAAAAUAAUAAAAAUCUUUCGCAAGAUCCAUAUGAAAUACCGAAGGAAAUAUGGUUUUUAGUUGAUCGAUUGUACCGACAUGGCAUAAAAACCGCAGGACUUUUUGAAACGCCUGGACUUCACAGUGAAAUUAUAGCUAUAAGAGAUUGGUUAGAUAAUGGGAGUCAAGACCCAAUGCCUGGUAGCGUACACUCUGUUGCAGAAGCAUUACUUUUACUCUUAGAAUCAACUGCUGAACCAUUAAUUCCAUAUAAUUUGCAUAGCGUGUGCUUAUCUGCAGCAGUAAAUUAUUUACAAUGCAAACAGAUUGUAAUGCAGCUUCCAGAAAUAAGGAGAAAAGUUUUUCUUUACAUAUGCUAUUUUUUAAAAGAAUUAUUAAACCAUACGCAAGAUAAUGAACUUGAUGCUAAAACUCUUGCAACAUUGUUUGGAUCAAUAUUUUUAAGAGACCCGCCAAGAAGUAGAGACGAUCGAAAUCAAAGAAGUCGUACUGUUCAAGCAACAAUUGACAGGAAAAAAGCUGCAUUUGUUUACCACUUUUUAGUGAACGAUCAAAGUGAUUUUAUUCAUGAUCGAUAGUCACGUUUAAAAUUUAAAAAUGAAAGUAUUCGAUACAUGUCUUUUUUUUUACUAGCUAAACUCUCUCCCUAUAAUUGUACUUUAAAAUCUUUUUAUAAUUUCAUUGUUAUCCAUCUCAUGUCACAGUCAGUUAAUAGUGGGCAAGCCAUGUUUCAGUUUCACCAAUAGUGAAUGAUGAAUACGAAUAACGAGACACAAGUGAACCGCUAAUAAAUGAAAUGGUCAGAGGAUCAUGUUCACUGGUUUCUACAAUGGCACUGUGAAUCUCGUACCUACGUUGAAACUAUAGGAAGGAAAUAAUGUAAUAAUUUAAUUUUCAACAUAUUAGUAAUAUUUUGUAAUAUUUAAUACCGUUGUAGUAGUACUUAAUAAUGACAUGAACAAAAUUUCUAUUGUAAUAACUAACUUGCCAAUUCCAGAUCUUACUUUAAAAAGUGCAUUAAACGCUAAGUAUGAAAUACUCGUAAUUAAGUAAUAAAAUUUCAUCUAGUCUUCGUGGCCUAAAAUGGCUAAACACAUAACAUGUAAAUUUAUUCAUAAUAAGAAACGAAGUUCUCUAACAUAUGUUAAUUUUAUAUUAGCUUAAAUAUUAAGUUGUUAAAAUCGUAACGAUAAUUUUAAAGUCUGCAUAGAUAUAUUUUUACGUUUAAACUUUGUACAAGUGUAAUUGUGAUCUAUUUUACCCACGUAUAAGAUUAUGUAGAAGGAACUUAAGUAUUAUAUGUACAUGUCAAGUUUUGUAUCAAAAUUUUAUUAAAAAAUACAUACAAAAUGUAAUAAGUAAUGUAACCUAAAAUAUUUUAUUUGUAAAUAAAGAGAACAUGAUAACAGUUGGUAAAUGA